AUGUCAGGACCUUGCGCAGAUUGUACAUGCGGACGUGCAGAGCGCCUGGAUGCUGAUCCCGUUCGACUCGGUCAGGCUCGGUCCUUUACUGCACCUGCGGAAGGUCCCUCAGCUGCAGAAGGCAUUGAACCUGCAGUUCCCCUUCGCUCCAAAGCAUGGUGGAAUGACCCUGAAGAUGACAUGUGUGGCGCUUAUGUUGAGAGGUACCUCAACGGUGGACUCACCAUGGGAGAAAUCACUUCCCGCAAAAAGCCCAUCAUUGGUAUCGCUCAGACCGGCUCUGAUCUGGCACCCUGCAACUCGCAUCACGUCCAGCUUGCCAAGCGUGUGCGUGACGGGAUCAUUGCUGCAGGAGGCACCCCAAUAGAAUUUCCCUGUCAUCCUAUUCAAGAGACCAGCAAACGACCAACUGCCAGCUUGGAUCGAAAUUUGGCAUACUUGUCUUUGGUAGAAGUGCUCUAUGGCUACCCUCUGGACGGCGUGGUCCUUUUGACGGGAUGCGACAAAACAACCCCAGCUCUGCUCAUGGCGGCCGCUACAGUCAAUAUCCCGGCCAUAGCGAUGAACGUUGGCCCCAUGUUGAAUGGUUAUCUAGGCCAGCGACUGGUAGGCUCCGGUACGGUGCUUUGGGAUGCCAGAGCUGCCAUGGCCGCGGGCAAGAUCGAUCAAGCGCAGAUGAUAAGGGAGGUUGCAACAUCGGCUCCAAGUCUUGGCCACUGCAAUACCAUGGGAACGGCGAGCACAAUGAAUGCCCUGGCAGAGGCAUUGGGCAUGGCACUGCCCGGUAGCGCAUCUAUCCCAGCUGUCUAUCGUGAACGAGGGGCUUGUGCAUACGAGACCGGCCGUCGUAUCGUGGACUUAGUGUUGCACGACGUGAAGCCUUCUGAUAUCAUGACACGGGAGGCUUUCGAGAAUGCCAUUGCGUGCUGUACCGCUAUAGGAGGCUCGACAAAUGCUCCUAUCCAUCUAAAUGCCAUUGCAAAGCAUAUUGGCGUGGAACUCACCUGUGCCGACUGGGAGAGAGUGGGGUAUUCCCUGCCGCUCCUGGUGAACGUCCAACCUGCUGGAAUAUACCUGUGUGAAGAAUACCACCGAGCUGGAGGUCUCCCAGCCGUCAUUGCAGAGCUGCUCGAGGCGGAGCUGUUGCCUCAUCCAUCCGCAUUGACGGUCUCUGGCAAAUCUAUCGGCGACAACUGUCGUGGCGACUUCCCGAAUGAUCCGCGCGUGAUACGACCCGUCUCGCGGCCAGUCGUGACUCAAGCUGGCUUCCUGAAUCUGACAGGGAAUCUAUUCGACAGCGCCAUAAUGAAGACGUCAGUCAUCAGUCCGGCCUUUCACGAGCAGUACCUUUCCAAUCCGGACGAUCCGAUGGCUUUCGAAGGUCCGAUUGCCGUAUUCGAUGGGCCCGAGGACUACCAUCAUCGCAUAGAGACCGACAAAAACAUCGCAGCUGGCACCAUUCUCAUCAUGCGGGGUGCGGGUCCAUUGGGAUACCCAGGAGCCGCCGAAGUGGUCAAUAUGAUCCCGCCAGGUCGACUCAUCAAGCAGGGCAUAGAGCUCCCCUGCAUUGGAGAUGGGCGACAGUCUGGGACGUCAGGCAGUCCGUCCAUCCUAAAUGCCUCGCCUGAAGCAGCAGUUGGAGGAAAUCUCGCAUAUCUCAAAGAUGGGGACGUUGUUCGGAUCGACUUGAAUCUCCGCCGGGCAGAAGUCAGGCUCACUGCGGAUGAGCUGCUUAAACGGCGAGAUGAGAUGGGCGCUUACAAGAUGCCGGUCAAUCAGACGCCAUGGCAAGAGUUGUUCAGAAAGGACGUUGGGCAACUCUCCGAGGGCAUGGUUUUGCAAAGCGCUGUCAAGUACCAAAAGCUCGCACAGACCCAGGGCAUACCUCGUCGAAAUCAUUGA